AUGCUCCGUCUCCUUCUCAAAAUCUUCGCUAGCCACCGACGAGCCGCCGGACUCUUCUUAGCAACACGAAGACCCCACCGGUUGCCACAUUCUCGCGAGUUUACUUUCGAUUUUGUGUUCAUCAAAUUAAGUUUUGAUUUUGUAUUCAUCGAUUUUGGCUGGUACCUUGCUGUGCUUGCUGGAAUUAUCCGAGCUCAUCGGGGUCGAAAGCGAAGGGUGGCAUUGAUUGGAGCAGUAAUCGGAGUGUUGGAGGCGGCGUACAGAGGUGCAGCUACGGUGGUCCGACGGCAGUGCAGCGGCGGUUCCGAUGGCUGA